GUUUUCGACCGCCGCAGCCGCGUAUUAUCGGCGCGUUCCACAGGCCACAGAGCUGCAGGGUAGCCUCAGCGGCGCGUGCUGACUCAGAUUUAUCACAAGCUUCCAGCGCUGCGGUCUCCAGUCCUGUCUGAGAUCCUACCAAAAAAAACAAAAAGCAGCAAAAAGUAGCUUUUUGCCAGCGCUCGCGCCAGCGCCGCGUACCACAACAACACCAGAAAAAUGUACGGCGGCCAAGGCCAAGGACAGGGCUACGGCCAGUUCAACGGCUACGGCACGCCGCCCGGCCCCGUCGGCGGGCCAAACCCCCAAUUCAGCGGCCAGCCCUUCGGCGGCGGCGCGAGACAAAGAGGCGGGUCCGCCGACGACCAUGGGGGCUGGCAGCCGUCCCAGACGUAUGACGAGGGCACUCCUCAAUCUUACGGGCAGGGCCAGCGCCACGACGGCCAGCCCUUCGGGACGCAAAUUCCGAAAACAUCAUCUCUCGAAUCCUUCACGCGGCCGGACGUGGCCGCCCAGGGCGUGGCUGCGGCCGCGGCCAUGUUCGCCGGCGACUCCAGUGCCGCACAAAGAUUGAUAGAACAGCAAGGCCGCGCCGCGGCGGCGGCCUACAUCCCCGGCGCCGCCGCCGGCUGGUCGCGAGCUAGAUGUUAUUUUGCGGUGUCGCAUGCUUCCGUGGCGGCGAAACUACGAGCCGUAUUAGCACCGUGGACGAAGCGGCACUGGCGGCGGAAACGCGCGGACGAAUUUGACGAACAGGGCCACGGCCACGCUUUACCUUUACACGAUUCGAAUGCCCCUGAUCUCUACGUGCCUGUGGUAGCAUUUGUUACUUUCGCUCUCGUAGCGGGCUACGCGCGAGGCGUCCGGGGCGAGUUCUCGCCGGACGCGCUGGGAACGAUCUUCACGCGCUGCUUUUUUAUUCAAUUGUUCGAGACGGGCUUUUAUGCGAUGGCUCUUUGGAGUCUGGGCGCCAGGGGCGUGCCUUGGCUAGAUGUACUGAGCUACACCGGCUACAAGUACGUGGCAUUAUGUGUCAACUCCAUUGCUUACUUAGUUGGAGGCGACCGACCGUAUCUGCUGACGAUGCUCUACACUGGAUUAUCAAGUUCAUACUUCAUGCUCAAGACGGCCGCGCAGAUCGUGCCGACGGAACUGGAAAAUACAAAAGCUCGGCGCGAGGUCGUGGUCCUGGUCAUGGGCCUGACGCAGUUCGUGUCGAUCUGGGUGCUGGGCAAGGCGGGGGCGUAAGCUUGGUGGGAGUGUA